AUGGAACGUAUAAAUGCAAUUACUAGUAAAUAUCUUCCUUGUGGCGUAUUCAGACAUGUUCGUAAGCUAUGUGUGCGUGAUCCAAUGCGUUCAAUUGAAUAUGAUUUCUUCGUUUUAAUCUCACAAGCAUUUCCAUUACUUGAAGAUUUAACUGUGUUAAGUACGGUGAAUCAAAAGAAACAAUCAAAUAAAUUAGAUGAACAUGAACAAACAUUUUCAAUUAUUGAAUAUUCUCAUCUUAUGACACUCGAUCUAAUUAUGUCUCAUGGCGACUAUGUGAAACAAUUUCUUUUCAACACAAAUACACGUUUGCCUCGUCUUAGUACAUUAAGUAUUGACUAUGAAAAUUUGGUAAAUGUAACAGAGAAUUUUACAAUCGACGUUUCGACAGUUAAUCUGUCAUUUUCAAGACCAGAUGUUAAUUGA